AAGCAAGAAAAAAAAAAGGAAAAAAAAAAAGAAAAAUCUAUCUUUCUCUUUCAAUUUUAAUUUCUGCUCACCAUCAAGGCAAGUUUCCUUAUUUUGCUCCUCUAACAAUUUCAAUUGCUUGCUAAAAAAAAUAUCUUAUUUCCAAAUCAUUGACACAUUUACAUUUUUUCUCAAUCUUUAAAUAUGGUAACCACCAAGUCUUACUCCAUUCCUCUGUAAAAUCCACAAAAAUCCCUGGCCAGAAUUUAGGGUUUUUGUUCUUUCUUUCAUGGUGAUGUGAGAAUUUGGGGUGAAGCAAGAUGAAGACAAUUAGUGGAUUAGGUAUUGGGUUGAGUUUGGUUUUUGGGUUUCUUCUAUUAGCACUUGUUGCAGAAGUCUACUACCUUCUGAGAUGGAAGAAGCACAAGAAGCGAGUCAUAAGCCAAGAAAGUGAAGAGGAGAAAGAGGAAGAACAACAUAACGGAUACGCCAAAGAACUUAUCCAGCUCUUCUGCUUCAAAAAGCCUCAGUCUUUACAGCACAGCAAUGGAGAAAGAGAAGGUGAAAUCUCGAGGAACCAAGAUGGGAAUCCGGAUUUGGAGCUCGGUUUGAUGAAACAUUUGAACGGAGGAGAUCUAGGGUUUGAAGCAGAGCUCAUGAAGCUUCACAACCAGAGGUUUCUCUUCACAAUCAUGGAAGAGACAAAAGCAGAUUUGGAAUCUGAAGAUGGGAGAUCAAGACUAGGUUCAAGAUCGAGACGAAGGAGCUUGAGUGAUGUUCCUAAUGACUGUAGUACCCCUGGAUUCACUCCAUUGGCUUCUCCUACUACGCUAAAGCCUUCAUCUCCUUUGGAAUCUUACCCACACCAUGGAUUCAACCCUCUGUUUGAAUCAGACGGUGAGCUUGAGUUCAACAAGUUCUUCAGGUCGUCGUCUUCUUCACCUCCACCAAAAUUCAAGUUCAUGAGAGAUGCUGAAGAGAAGCUGAGGAAGAGAUUGAUAGAAGAGGCCAAAAGAAGAGAAGGGUUAGCUUCAGUUUCUCCAAAAUCGGACCUCUCGACAGCAACAGAAGGUUCGUUUUUGAAGUUCAUGAACCCUCCUGCGAUGAACAGAGAGAAGAAACAGAGUACUAUUAUUAUUCAAGAAACUGAUGAAACGGUGUCGUUUUCACCUUCUUCUUGUUCAUCAUCAGGUACAAAUCUUAGAACGUUAUUAGACCAGAAAAAAUCCACAGUGGUUGUUUAGUAUUAGCAUCUCUAUCUGUCUCUCUUGACUCUACUCUAUUUUAAUUUUUAUUUUUGGUUGAAAUUUUUUUUGUCCAAGAAUUUCAAUUUCUUUUUGUUGAUUGUGUGAAUUCUAUCUUUUGUUUCUCUCAUUCUUAUUAUUUUGGGAAUGAUUUCUUCUGUACCUAUCAUCAAUCUGAUUUUUUUUUUUUC